AUGGCCUGUGGUUCACUUGACUCCGCGAGCGCCCAAUCAUCCGGAAUGACCGUAAGGCGAUUAGCAUACGCGCCCAAACGCACCCCACGACUACCCUUGCAGAUGUCCUCGGGCUGUGAACAAUUAAAGAGAAUAGCCUGCAACUCCGUCCUUGACGUGCCUGCAGUAAAGCUUAGUACAUUCUCUACUACCUUACACACGUUCUCUCCACUUCGAAGACGCCCUUGGCUGUCCAGUGUGAAUGAGACCAUAACCCCCACAGCUCUGUCCUUUUCACCCUUGGCCUGUUGCACUCCGAGCAACGCCAUCUUGGCUUCUUGA